CCAAAGACCUUUGUCGAUUCGAUAACAAACCAUGCUAUCCACCUCCACCGAUCCCUUCGAUGUCGCCCGGGAUGAGGUGGAGGCUGCCAUUCGGAAGGCGCGAAGCAUGCACAAAGAGUGGCAACGAUUGCUGCAAGCAGAAAAUACAGCGGAGAGUCGCAAGUUUCAGGCCUCCAACUCCGUACAGAAGGACCUGCAAAAGGAGCUUGCAGCGGAGCUGUCCCAGCUGUCUCUUGACCUUGCAGAGGUGGACGCAAGCAUCAAGGCAGUUGAAGACAACAGAGACCGCUUUCACCUAAGCGAUGCUCAGCUGACAGCUCGCAAGGAGUUUCUGGCAGUCAGCCAAGCGGCACACCGGGAGAUCCAUGUGAGUUUGUCGAGUCCGGCAGCGAAAAACAAGAUCGAUGAGGACCAAAAACAAAUGCUUCUAAAGCGUCAGAAGCAAGCUGAGGAGACCCAACAAAGGCAAUUGGCUCAAGAAAGCAAAGCCUUCUUGGAGGAGCAGAGGUUGUUGCAGAAGCAACUCAUUGCUCAGCAAGAGGAUGAGCUUCAGAUUCUGGAGCAAGGAGCGCAAAGACUCGGCCAGGUGGCGCACACCAUCAAUGGGGAGCUCGAAAGUCAACAAAAGUUACUUGAGGAGCUGAACCAGGACAUUGAGAAAGAGAUGGAGCGAAUGGAUGUCGUGACGAAGGGUAUGGGCACGCUGCUGAAGACAAGCAAUAAGGCGCAAAUCUACUCUGUGGGUGGUGCGAUUGUACUUUUUGUUAUCCUGGUCUUCUUGAUCCUGAACACUUGAGAGUGUGCAGCUUUGCUGUUCAAAUUCUGUGACCUAAAGAGUUGAAACGCUUGCGGAAAAGAA